UGAAACCGGAAGCGGAAGUAAACAUAAGAAAUCAAAAGGGAAAAUGCCGUGGACACCAAUUUUCGAAAAUCGUAACAUGACUACAGUAUGAGGCCAAGAUAAGAUUAAAAUGUUUUAGCCGAGUUUAACGUGCAAACCUUUUGAUAGCUAUUAUAACUAUUUGAUAGCUUGCGUGUGGAAUUUGAAUCCAGCUUUCAGAAAGUGAGUUCAUUAUUGUUAACUAGCUGUUGUCAGCGUCAGGCUACAGAAAAGUGUGGCAAGUGAUUUUGUGGGCUUUGUCCAUCAUGGCAGACCCGGCAAGAAUAAAACCGGAGGAGACUCCUGAGAAUAUAUCUACCUCCUCACUCAAGGAAGAGGAACAUCCAAAGUCAGAUUAUCAGCAAGAAAAUGUCCAAGAAGUAGCCAGGCCUGUUGAAGAAAUCAAAGAGUUAGAGUCUACAGAGCAGCCUAAAUCAAGUGUUAAAGCUGAACCAGCUCCUGCUGUUGCUGAAGAGUAUGAAAGCACCUCUGGUCAGCCUUCCUCUAAAAGACUGAAGGUAGAGCCCAGUCCUGCUCCUGGCCCUUCUACAGGCCCAGCUCCAGGUCCUGCUCCUGGUCCAGUUACAGGAUCAGCUCCAGGUACUGCUCCAGGCCCAGACAAGAAGAAGGAGAAGCGCCACAAAGUAGACGAGGAUGAGAUUCAGAAGAUGCAGGUUUUAGUUUCAUCCUUUUCUGAGGAGCAACUGAAUCGUUAUGAAAUGUACAGACGAUCUGCCUUCCCUAAAGCUGCCAUUAAGAGGCUCAUUCAGUCUAUAACAGGAUCAUCUGUAUCCCAGAAUGUUGUAAUUGCCAUGUCCGGUAUAGCAAAGGUUUUUGCUGGGGAAAUUGUUGAAGAAGCUUUAGACGUCUGUGAGAAGUGGGGAGACACACCACCACUGCAGCCCAAACACAUGAGGGAGGCAGUGAGGAGGUUGAAAAGUCGUGAACAGAUUCCAAACACAAAGCAUAAAAAUAUUAUUUUUCAUUGAUGAAAAAUACAAUAUUGGCAUGUACUAGUGUUUAUUCAUUGUGUUUAUGAUGAGUAGCAUUCUACGAUGGAUCAGUUCUUGUAAAAAUGUGUUUGCAUAUUGCACAAAUAAGUUUGUUUUAAGUAUAACAACAAUAAAAAACACAUUUGUAUUUCCUA